AGUAGGAUUGUUGGAUGGGUUGGAUGGGUUGGAUGGACUUAUAAUAAUUUGGUUGAGAAACUUGAAGUAGCAAUUGAUUUACUUCAAUUUGGUUCACCUCUUAAUACUGAGCAAACUAAUUUUUUAUUUGCAUAUUCUAAAUUUUCUAGAUUCUCUUGGGGAAACGGCAAAUCUACUCCUUUGUCUAAGGAACUGUGGAACAACAUACAAGUGGUUGAUCCUGAUUUUGAUACACUUGCUCAAACUUCUGUUUAUUAUUUAGAGUUUCCUAAUCCAGAUAAUCCUCAAAGAAACUCAUUAUACUCUGCCUGCUAA